GGUUAUAUUCCUACUUUUGAAGGGCAUGAAGAAGGUUUUCAGACCUACCACACGGUCAAUUCUUCAAGCAAGUUGGUAAUAAGUAAACACCUAUUUUGGCUGUUUGUCGUUAGAUAAAAGGCCAAUAGAGAAGAAUAUUGAAGGUUAGACUUUUAAAUACAAUUGAGAAAAUAAAAAUAUAUUUAGAAAAUGAAAGACGUUAAAGCUCUCUUGAAAGAAGCCCGAGAGGCUAUCAAAAAUAAAAAUUACGAUUUAUCAUUAAAACUUUCUAAGACUAUUUUAAAGGAAGACAGAAGUAAUUACAUGGCUUUGGUCUUUUUGGGUUUAACUUUACAAGAAAUAGGCCCUGUUGAUCAAGCUUAUAAAGCGUUUCAGAAAGCAAUAGACAAUAAUCCGACGAAUCCCCUCGCUUGGAAUGGACUAAUAAAUUAUUAUGAAAAAUUAGAAACUGACGAAGCUAAAAAGAAACUCGUGGAUACUUAUAUUUCCGCACUCGAAUUUGAAACGAAUCCGAAGAAAAUUGUGGAAUAUUGCGAAAAGUUAUGUAAGUUAUAUACACAGGAAAAUAUCGUAAAAAUUACUGAGUGUAUAUACAAAUGUUGUGCUAAAAAUGAAUCUGGUGAUAUACUGGAAGUUUUAGUAAAAUUGUACCAAAGUGUCGGUAAUGUACCAAAAGAGUUGUUGUCGAUAUUUGAGGAAUGUUUUCGUAAAAUAUUGGAUAAAAGGGAAUUUAAGCGAGUCGAAUAUUAUUCAUCAUACUUAAAUUUGCUUUAUAAACAAAAUAAAUACGAAGAAGUAUUUAAAAAUGCAGAAAACAUGCAUAAAUGUUUUGAUAGCGAUACGGUAUCCCUUACGUGGAUGUGUAAAGUUUAUAAUCAGCUUUACACUGAAGAUUUUGAAUUAUCUGAUAUAUUUACUACAAAUAUUGACGAUUAUUAUAUUAAAUUGUUGAAUAAAGAACCAGACAAUGGCAUUGGAUUAUUUACAAAAGGUAUACGAACAUUUUUAAUGGAUAAAUUAAGGGAAAGUAAAGAUAUUUUAAAGGAAGUGUGUAUUUUAAGGCCAAGACUAGUACAUGCAUGGGUUUUUUUAACGAAAAUUAACGUGAUGUUAAAUUUAAAUGAAGAUGCAUUAGAAUCGUUUUUAACUGCAAAUAAAUUAUUAAAUUCUAAUAAUUAUUCAAAUCCUUGUUUAACUAAAAUUAUAACUAGUCUUCAUUUGAGUAUAUUAUCAAAAUCAACUUUGGAAAGUGAUUGGGAACGAGCUAAUGAUAUUUACAAUUCGAUUAAUGACGAAAAAGUGAAAUUAGACAGUUUAGAGGACAUAAUAACCGUUAAUAUUAAUUUAAAUAAUAUAUCUGAAGCUGAAUCACAAAUAGCAUUUUUAAAAACGAAAAAUGAAUUAAAAGCUUGUUAUUUAGAAGCGAAAUUAUUGAAGAAACAACAAAGAUAUGAAGCAGCUUUACAAAUUCUAGAAAACAAUACUCCGGAUAAUUCGGAUUGGUGGAUGGAAAUAGGCUCAAUAUAUUGGAGUAUUGGAAGUUAUAAAAAAUCAUUGGUACCAUUUUUAAAAGCUGCAAAGUGUAAUCCGAAUAAUUAUUCAGUUUUUUACAACUUGGGAAACUAUUAUCAAAAAUUUGAGGAUUUCGAGAAAGCUAGAAGAUGUUAUGAAAAAGCUUUUCAUCUAAACACAAAUUCCCAAAAAAUAGCAACGGAACUAAGUAAAAUGUAUUGUAAAUUAAAAAACUGGGAAACCGCUCACAAUUUACUAGAAAACAUAACGGAUGGUACCAUAAAUGAAAAAACCGCAUGGGCUUGGUUACAAUUAGGUUUGAGUUAUUUAGAACAGGAAAAUUAUACAAAAGCUAUAGAAAAAUUACAGUUUGUAGUACGAAUCGAUAAGGAGAAUACAUACAAUUGGCAAUGUUUAGCGGACGCUUAUUAUUCCAGAGGUUCAUAUACUUCGGCUUUAAAAUGUUAUACCAAAUCUCUAGAUUACACCGAAAAUAUUUUAUAUCCUUCAUUACAAAUAGCCAACAUCAAAAAAACCUUGGGUUUAUACGACGAAGCUAAAGCAGAUUUUCUGGAUAUCAUAUUGAAAAACGAACAGUAUCUUCCAGCUCUAAAAGGAUUAGCGGAAACUUGUAUAUACCAAGCGAAGGAAUGUUAUAGAGACCAACGAUUAGGCUCGGCUCAAACACACGCUCAGAAAGCUUUAAAUUAUCUAUCGACGGCUUUAGGACAUAAAAAUAACUUCUCUUGUUUGUGGAAAUUAAUCGCAGACGUUUGUUUAUUCGUUUCGGAUUUACCAGAAAAUUAUUGUUCCUUAAAAGUGACUGAAGAUUUAGUGGAAGGUAAAUCUGUUAUAGAUAAGGAAGAAAUGUUUGUUUUAGCGACAAGUUGUUAUUGUAAAGCUAUCGGUUUAAUGGAAGACAUUUUAUUGUGGCACGAUUUAUCCAACUGUUAUUUAAAACACGCUCUAAGUGUGAAUGAUAGGGAAAAGAGAGACACACUUUUAUCUUACGCUACACAAUCCGCCAAACAUUGUGUUAGUUCGAAUCCGAAAUACUGGCAACAUUGGAAUCUUCUGGGUAUUAUUGCCAUGGAACAGAUACCCCCUAAUUACGCUUUGGCUCAACAUUAUUUCAUUAAGGCUGUAACAGUGGAAAAUAAUAAUCCUAUUGCUUGGAGCAAUUUGGGGGUUUUAUAUUUUAUUAUGGGGGAUGUGAAAUUGGCGAAUAAAGCUUUCGCACAAGGACAAAGAUCUGAUCCUAAUUAUGUUAAUAAUUGGAUAGGACAGGCCCUAAUAGCGGAAACUAUGGGAGUGGAUGAAGCCAUGGAUUUAUUUAGACACAGCGUCCAAUUAGGUCACCAUCAAGAAGGAGCUAUCGGUUACGGUCAUUGGGUAUGCCAAACUUUAUUAGAAGCACCACAAAAAACCAUAAGUUAUUCCAUAGAAGAUAUGCAUGCCAUUCCGGUAGCUUGUGAUGCCAUCACUUGGUACACGGAAAAAAAUUCCAAAGACGGAUGCGCUUGGAACAUGUUGGGAAUGUUGAAAGAAAGAAUGAAAUUAUAUUUAGGAAGCUUGGAAUCCUUCAAGAAAUCCUACGAGUUAUCACCGGACAAAAGAGAUUUAGCCAGAAUCAAUUACGGAAGACUUUUAUCGAAACACGAAAAAUACGUUCAAGCCAUAAACAUUUACCAAGAAGUGCAAGAAGCUACGUUUAGUUCGGGAAGCGGUUUAGCUCUGGCCCUAUUCAAAAGCCAACAUUACGAAGAAUCUUACUCUGCAUACGAACAAGCAUUACAUUGGUUAACAGAAGAACAGUCUCAUCAAUCCGAAUUAUUAGUGGCUUUAGCCUCGAUGGCUUACAUGUUCCAAGGAUUGGAAGGAGCUAAAACUCUCCUUUUCCAGAGUAUACAACUCAAACCACCGUCCCCUUGGGGUCUUUAUGCCACUUUCUCACUAGGAUUGUUACACAAAGAUUUCGAAUUGGCCGAAUUGGUAUUAAAAGAAUUGGAAACUUUGAAAGAUGACGAAAAAUCUCUACCUCACUACGCGCUUUUGCUUUGUUCGAAACUUAUAAGGCAAGAACAACCAGAUAGAGCCAUUAAGGAACUUUCCAAAUUGGUUCACAGACACCCCGACGACGCUUCUGUUUGGUUAAAUUUAGCUGUAACCAUCUUGAGAGUUAAAAGUGAGCAUAAAAGAGCACUAUCUGCUGUUAAAUGUGCUCAAACGGCUCUAAAAAUAGGUCGAUCCAGCAUGGACGUGACGAAAGUAUCGGCUUAUAUUUCCCUUGGUUAUUUAUUAGCUGGAGAUGUUAAAAACGUUUUGGUGUCUGCUCAAAAGUCAAUUCAUUGUUAUCCUACAUUGGCUGACGGUUGGGCGGCUCUGUUGGCAUCUUUAACUCAAAAUAAAGAAAGUUAUUCACUAGAUUUUGUUUCCGGUAUAUUUAACUACAUGGAAAGUUUGAAUAUGUCGGAGUUGCUCGCAAAUUGGCUGAAGAAAUUGAAAAAAAAUAUGGAUUUGUAAUAGUUUGGCUGUGACAUUAACUUCCAUGUAUUAUGUAUGUUUUAAAUUCUUUUUAUCAAAAUAACAACUGAAAAAUAAAAUUUUUUUAUCUAAA